AUGGUUCCGAGGCAAGAGUCCUUUCUCGCUGCAGGUUACUGUGCUGAGCGGAACGGCAACUAUGCAAAUCCUACAUCGGAACAGAGCGCCCAUGCAGAGCAAACGGAGCGUCGCGGAUCAAGCACUGCUCUUCCCACGGCUGAUGUCGAGAGACAAGAAAUGCCAUCUAUUGACGGAAAGGCGGCGCAGCCAGAUGGCCUGGCCGAGCAGCAUAGUCCAGCCAAUACAUCUGAGACAAGAAGGAGCACCUUGCAAACGACCCUUCUCAUGGUCGCACUGUGCAUUUCAGUCCUUCUCGCUGCGCUGGACAUAACCAUAAUCACGACUCCUUUGCCCACUAUAUCCUCCCACUUCCAUUCAAGCACCGGGUACGUUUGGGUCGGGUCAGCCUUUCUCCUUGGAAGUGGAGCCUCGGGCCCUACGUGGGGAAAAGUGAGUGACAUAUUCGGUCGACGACCGCUUCUACUCUCCGCCGCUGCAGUAUUUCUGCUCGGCAGCGCGCUGGGCGGCGCGUCCAAGAACGUGGCCAUGUUGAUUGCGGGACGUGCUGUCCAGGGUGUCGGAGCGGCCGGCCUGUUGACCCUGAUCAAUAUCGUAAUUGGAGAUCUCUUUUCUCCAAGGGAGCGCGGAGUCUACUAUGGGAUCGUGGGCAUAGUAUGGGCCUUUCCAAUCUCCGGCACGGCGUUCUUUAUUAUCCUCUUCACCCUUAGACUGCGCCAUGAAAAGCCACGAGUCAUUCCAGCUCUCAAAGCGAUCGACUGGCUUGGAAGUCUCAGCAUAACCGGUGGCACCAUCAUGUUCCUGCUGGGCUUGCAAAUGGGCGGCGUCACACAUCCGUGGAAGUCGGCGACGGUUGUUUGCAUCGAGUGGCGAGUGGCACUUUACCCGAUCAUCCCAAAGCAUCUGUUGACCGGAGGCCGGCAGCUGGCGGUGUUCUCACUCGACUUCAGCCACGGCGCCGUCUUCAUGCAGACUUGUUUCUUCCUUCCACUGUACUUUCAAGCCGUGCUAAACGCAAGCCCUCUCCUUUCGGGGGUUUGGCUGCUGCUAUAUGCGCUGUCCCUCUCACUCAGCUCCGUCGCCACCGGAAUCUAUAUCAAAAAAACCGGCCGCUAUUUCGAUUGCAUCAUUUUUGGGGCCACUGUCUCUGUCCUCGGCCAAGGCCUUCUGUACGAACUCCCUUCCUCGCGAGCUUGGGCGAAGAUCAUCAUCUACCAGAUCAUAGCUGGAGUCGGCGCCGGUCCCAACUUUCAAGCACCGUUGAUCGUGCUUCAAAACCUGGUACCAAGGCAAGACAACGCUACCGCCACCGCAACAUUCGGAUUUUACACGUAG